CUUCCAGUUCUUACAUGAUAGGGAAUCAUAGGGAUAUGCUGUUUUACAAGCACAAAGCUGAUUUUUGUAAUUAGAUCUCUCUCCAUAAGUUUAUUUUUCUACUGGAAAAAGAUUAUUGGAAGACACUUAAUAUGUCAGAGCUUUUUAAAGUAACAGAUAGCUUGUUCAUUAGCAACGCUAGGGCUGCUUGCAAGAGAGAUCUCCUUAUACUGGAAGGAAUAACCUGUUGUAUUAACAUUUCCAGGCGGCAGCCCUUCCCAGACAUUGAUCUCCACGCUCUGAGAAUUCCUGUGUUUGAUCACCCACUGCAAAAUCUGUCUGAUUAUUUUGACCAAUGUGCAGAUCUCAUAGCGAGCACCAUGGCCAGUGGGGGGAAAUGUCUUGUUUACUGCAAGCAUGGACGGAGCCGCUCUGCCACAAUCUGUAUCGCUUAUUUGAUGAAAUACAAAAAUCUGCAGCUCAGAGAAGCUUUCCAGAUGGUAAAAGAUGUGAGGCCAUCCAUAGAACCAAAUACUGGCUUCUGGUCUCAGUUGGAAAGUUAUGAAGAAUCACUGCAGAGAAGAACAUGAACUGUGAAGUUAAUAUGAGAUUGAACUUUUUUCAGUUGAUACUUCAGAUAUUUAAUAAAUCAGCAACACAUUA